CAGGAAAGCUUCGAUUCCCCCGGGCGUCAUGCCGGCGUCCCGACGGCGCACGGCGGCGGAGUUCCAAGGGAACGGCAGCCUAAUGCCGCCGUCGGCGCACGUCAUCGCUUCUCCCCGCGGCGGUGGCGCGCCCAACCGGGAGGAGCACGCGAACGGCGGCGGCCCGGCGCUCCGGGGAGCAAAGCCAAGAGGCGGCGGCAGCGUAUUCUCAGCCAGUAAGGUCACCGGCAGGAGGCGGCCGGCGGGGCGCACGCCACUAUGGCGACUCGGCAUCUUUGCCUCCCUCGCAUUGAAUCUCGCCGCACUCGCGCUCCUACGCCACCAGUACAUGGUCAGCUACCCGAACCAUCCCGGUGUCGUCUCUCCAGGUCAGCAACACCGCGCCUGCGCCCCGCAGCCGGGCACCAGCGGCGCGGCGGCGAGAGCGCCGUCGACCGGGAAGCCGGCAGUGACUUCCGACUCUGUUAUUAAUCUGGACCACGGGGACCCGACCAUGUUUGAGGCCUUCUGGAGGGAGACCGGCGACGCGGCGGAGCUCGUCAUCCCGGGGUGGCAAACGAUGAGCUACUUCUCCGACGUCAGUAACGUGUGCUGGUUCAUGGUGCCUGAUUUCGAUCAGCAGGUGCGCCGCCUCCACCGCACGGUCGGCAACGCCGCCGUGGACGGCUACCACGUCCUCGUCGGCACCGGCUCCACGCAGCUCCUCAUGGCGGCGCUCUACGCCCUGUCGCCGGUGGAUGCCGUCGAGCCCACCAGCGUCGUCUCCACGGCGCCCUACUACUCGUGGUAUCCUGCCGUGACCGACUUCCUCCGGUCCGGGCUGUUCUGCUGGGCCGGCGACGCAAACUCGUUCGUCGGCGACGCCUACAUCGAGCUGGUGUGCUCCCCGAACAGCCCCGACGGCGCCAUCCGCGACGCCGUGCUGGGCUCCGGUGGCGCCGGGAAGGCCGUCCAUGACCUUGCCUACUACUGGCCGCAGUACACCCCAAUCACUCGACGGGCCGACCAUGACAUCAUGCUCUUCACCAUGUCAAAGAGCACCGGGCACGCCGGCACGAGGAUCGGGUGGGCAUUGGUGAAGGACCGGGAGGUGGCGCGGAGGAUGACCAAGUUCGUGGAGCUCAACACCGUCAGCGUGUCCAAGGACUCGCAGCUGCGCGCCGCCAAGGUGCUCAGGGCGGUCUCCGACGGGUACGAUUACGACGGCGGCGCCUCGGCCUCGCGUCACCGGCUGUUCGACUUCGGGCGGCGCAAGAUGGUGGAGCGCUGGAGGAUGCUGCGCGAGGCCGCCGCCGCGUCCGGCAUCUUCAGCCUGCCCGAGGAGACCUCCGGCCGCUGCAACUUCGCCAACGAGACGGCCGCCAAUAACCAUGCGUUCGCGUGGCUGCGGUGCGACAGGGAGGACGUGGAGGACUGCGCGGGGUUCCUCCGCGGCCACAAGAUCCUGACGAGGAGCGGGGACCAGUUCGGCGCGGAUCCGAGGUACGUCCGGGUCAGCAUGCUCGACAGGGACGACGCCUACGACAUCUUCAUCGGGCGCCUCGCCUCGCUCAAAUGACAAAUGAAGACCGACGGCAGCGCGUGAAGGCUUCAUUCGUCACGCCGGUGCUGAGUGGAAACCUCUUAUUAGGCUGGUCAU